AAUUUGGGCCGGACAAACAAACUAUGAUGGCCCAAUUUUCGUCCAAAGCGUCCGCCGUUGUGUGCUGUGCGUUGCCGCCCCCAAACAACUUGUUGUGUGUUCUGUAAUAAUCCAACCAGGUAGUGUUGUUUUGAAGUGAUUGCAACUUUGGAUUGUAAAAUUAUGAGUAUGAGCGGAAAUUCGAUGGGUUAGUUGUUGUGCAGAUGCCAACUAAAGCUCUUUGACACUCAUUUCACCCCAAUAUGUCGAUGUCUAGGUUCCGUAUAACGCUGUUACGUUCCUUUAACCCAAGUCUUUAUCGUGAUCCCUUUUGUUCCAGGUCUUUGCUGGAACCUCUUCGUCCAAGUUAUCAUUUUGUGCCACCUAGUUAUAGUAGAUAUGAAAGAGCAUUCUAUCGUGAAUCUCACAAUUUCAUGUCCAAGUGUGAUUCAAGAAGUGCAUUAUUGAGUAGCUAUAGUAUCAUGUCAGAAACAAAAAAACAGUCUUCUUAUUCGUCCUCUGGAUUUCGCCGCCUAUAUAGCACUCAUGCCGCCACAGAAAGAAAAUCACAGAAAAUGCUUAUAUAUUUGACUGGUUUAGUUUUUGCAAUGGUGGGAUGUAGUUAUGCAGCAGUCCCUCUGUAUAGGAGAUUCUGCCAAGCUACUGGUUAUGGUGGUACAGUUCAACGUCGUGAGAGUGUUGAAGAAAAGAUUGCCCGACAUGCUCAAGAUGGAACAGUUACCAACAGGGAGAUAGUGGUGCAGUUUAAUGCUGAUGUUGCCGAUGGAAUGCCUUGGAAGUUUGUUCCAACACAAAGAGAGGUAAGGGUUAAGCCAGGAGAAAGUGCACUUGCUUUUUACACUGCUGAAAAUCGAAGUUCAAAACCCAUUACUGGCAUGUCUACGUACAAUGUUACCCCCAUGAAGGCUGCAGUUUAUUUCAACAAAAUACAGUGCUUCUGCUUUGAAGAACAAAGACUUCUGCCAGGCGAACAAAUUGACAUGCCUGUCUUCUUUUACAUAGACCCAGAAUUUGAAACCGACUCGAGAAUGGACGGGAUCAACAAUUUGAUUCUGUCGUAUACCUUUUUUAAGAUUGCUGAAGAAUAAUUCAACAUGAUGUGGCGCUUUGUUCUUAAAAAUAAAAGUGCAGGACGGCUUGGUGUACACGGCAACAACCAUUUUUUUCGUGGUUCUUCUUAGAAGUGAAGUUGCAGCUAGUUUGGAUUAUACCAUAUCUCUGUUAGGCGAGUAUUGGUCUGAUUAGCACUUACAUGUAUAUGUUUGGCCACAAUUUCAAACACUGAAAAAUCUGAUAUUUAGCUGGUGAAAUGAGAAUUCUAUAAAUGAUAUCAUGAGGAGCUUUGAGUUGAUAUUAUGAAGAACUUGUAGUGAAAUAAAAGAAAAUUUGUAAAUUCCUCGUGUAUUGUUUGUUAGUAGUGUAGAUUAAUUACGAUAAAUUAAGCCUGUUAUCACUCAAGUCGGAAGUUAUUCCAGUUGAGCUCUUGUUUGACGCCA